CGCCCGGUUUAGCAGACGAGAAUCAAGUUAGCGCGCUGUCGUUGCCCCCCUCCUCGCCGCCGGAUGAGCCGCCACCGCAUCCGCCUCCUCCACCCUAUCUUCUACCAACCCAAUGGCCGGCCCCGCCGCGACCUAGCCACCAACGCGGCGCUGCAGUGGCUGGACGACGAGCUCACCUCGCUCGCGCUCCCCAAGCUCGACUCCUAUGCGAGCGCAAGGUUCCUGCAGCGCUGCAUCGCGCGUGGCGACGCCCGCGCCGGCCGCGCCCUGCACGCGCGCGUCGUGCAGCGAGGCGGGGUGGCGCGUCUGGACACCUUCUGCGCUAACGUCCUUCUCAACCUCUACGCGAAGCUCGGGCCCCUGGCCGCCGCGCGCAGGGUGUUCGACGGAAUGCCAGAGCGGAACAUGGUGUCCUUCGUCACGCUCGUGCAGGGACACGCGUUGCGUGGGGAGUUCGGGGAGGCCGCAAAGCUGUUUCUGAGGCUGCGAAGGGAGGGUCACGAGGUGAACCAGUUUGUGCUCACCACGGUCCUGAAGCUGCUGGUUGCCAUGGAUGCUCCAGGGCUUGCCUGCAGUGUGCACGCCUGCGCAUGCAAGUUAGGCCAUGAACGGAAUGCCUUUGUGGGAUCAGCACUUAUUGAUGCCUAUUCACUUUGUGGGGCUGUCCGUGAUGCGAGGCUCAUCUUCGAUGGGAUCAUCGGGAAGGAUGUUGUCACUUGGACAGCGAUGGUUUCUUGCUAUUCUGAGAAUGAGAGUCCUGAGGAUGCGAUUAGUGUUUUCUCUAAGAUGAGGAUGGCAGGUUCCAAGCCUAAUCCUUUUGCGCUUACCAGUGUGCUCAAGGCUGCAGUUUGCCUGUCAUCUACUGUGCUAGGCAAGGGCAUCCAUGGUUGCUCAGUCAAAACCCUUUGUGAUACUGAGCCUCAUGUUGGUGGCGCUUUGCUUGACAUGUAUGCCAAAUGUGGAGACAUUGAGGAUGCCCGCACUAUUUUUGAGAUGAUCCCCCAUGACGAUGUCAUACCCUGGAGCUUUAUGAUCUCCCGGUAUGCUCAGAGCUAUCAGAAUGAGCACGCAUUUGAGAUGUUCCUCAGAAUGAUGCGGUCUUCUGUAGUGCCUAAUGAAUUUAGUUUGUCCAGUGUUCUGCAAGCUUGUGCUAAUAUUGCCCUUUUUGAUCUGGGUGAGCAAAUUCAUAACCUUGUUAUAAAGUUAGGCUAUGAGUCUGAACUAUUUGUUGGAAAUGUACUAAUGGAUUUGUAUGCCAAGUGCAGAAACAUGGAAAAUUCACUUGAGGUUUUCUCAUCAUUACGGGAUGCCAACGAAGUGAGCUGGAACACAGUUAUUGUUGGCUACUGCCAGUCUGGUUUUGGGGAAGAUGCUUUGAGUGUUUUCCGAGAGAUGCGUGCUGCGCAGAUGCUUUCGACUCAAGUUACAUACUCCAGUGUGCUCCGGGCUUGUGCGAGUACAGCAUCCAUCAAACAUGCUGUCCAAAUUCACAGCUUGAUUGAGAAAUCCACAUUCAAUAGUGACACUGUGGUUUGCAAUUCACUGGUCGAUACAUAUGCCAAGUGCGGAUGCAUUAAGGAUGCUCAAAAGGUAUUUGAGGCUAUCAAACAAUGUGAUGUGAUUUCAUGGAAUGCCAUAAUCUCAGGAUAUGCUCUCCAUGGACGAGGCAGGGAUGCUUUGGAACUUUUCAACAGGAUGAAUAAAGCCAGUAUAAAAGCAAAUGAUGUCACCUUUGUUGCUCUCCUGUCUGUCUGUGGUAGCACAGGCUUAGUCAACCAAGGACUCUCUCUGUUUAACUCUAUGAGAAUGGAUCAUGGAAUCAAACCGUCUAUGGAUCAUUACACUUGCAUUGUUAGGCUUUUGGGACGUGCUGGGCAUCUAAAUGAAGCUCUAAAGUUUAUUGAGGAUAUUCCUUCAGCACCAUCUGCUAUGGUUUGGCGAGCCUUGCUUAGCUCAUGUUUAGUCCAUAAGAAUGUAGCUCUGGGAAGAUUUUCUGCAGAGAAGGUGCUUGAGAUUGAACCACAAGAUGAGACAACCUAUGUCUUACUGUCAAAUAUGUAUGCUGCAGCUGGAAUUUUGGAUCAAGUUGCUCUUUUAAGGAAAUCAAUGAGGAAUAUAGGUGUAAAAAAAGAGGCUGGCCUUAGUUGGGUUGAGAUCAAGGGGAAAGUUCAUGCCUUUUCAGUGGGAUCAGUAGACCAUCCAGAUAUACGAGUAAUCAAUGCAAUGCUGGAAUGGCUAAACCUGAAGGCCAUUAGGGAAGGUUAUGUUCCAGACAUUGACGUAGUUUUGCAUGAUGUAGACGAGGAAGAAAAAGCUCGCAUGCUAUGGGAGCAUAGCGAGAGGCUGGCUUUAGCAUAUGGACUUGCUAUGACACCUCCUGGCCACCCAAUACGGGUAAUGAAAAAUUUACGUUCCUGCUUGGACUGCCAUACCGUAUUCAAAGUGAUAUCUAAAAUUGUUCAACGGGAAAUCAUCGUUAGAGAUAUCAAUCGUUUUCAUCAUUUUGAGGAAGGGAUAUGCUCUUGUGGUGACUAUUGGUGAUGCGCUGUUGUUCAUUGAUUUAUUUGAGCAGAGGAUAGCAUAUUCUAUAUGGUGCUGGCAGUAUGAUUUUUCUAGGAAAGCUUCUUUUUCCAUGAAAAAACUCCAAAAAUAUAUGCAUGCUCAAUGUUGUGGAUGAAUUGAAUAUGAUAUGUUGCUUGAUCUGAAGAGUACUGCUGAUGUAGUUCUCCUGUUUGUUGAGCUCAACAGUUUACUAGGUAAACUGAAAUUGAUCUGAAUGGCAGAUUUCCGUUCUUAUUUUA